AUGAGAUUCAUCGCCGCUCAGACAGUCCUGGCCGUCGCAUUGGCUGCAGUUGCCAGUAGCUUGGCUAUCAAUACCGAGGCUGUCGUAAAUCCCGAGGCCCCGGAGCCAGCUUGGGUUUGGUCUUCCAAGCGCGAAGAGCAUGCAAAUCCCAAGGCCCCGGAACCCGCCUGGGUUUGGUCCUCCAAGCGCGAAGAGCAUGCAAACUCCGAGGCCCCGGAGCCCGCAUGGGUUUGGUCUUCCAAGCGCGAAGAGCAUGCAAACUCUGAGGCCCCGGAGCCGGCCUGGGUUUGGUCCUCCAAGCGCGAGGAGCAUGCAAACUCCGAGGCCCCGGAGCCGGCUUGGGUUUGGUCUUCCAAGCGCGAGGAGCAUGCAAAUUCUGAGAGCCCGGAGCCCGCCUGGGUUUGGUCUUCCAAGCGCGAGGCUGAAGAGAAUGCAGACCACGAUGUUGCCAAGCCGAUCUGGGUCCCGUCCACCUGCUAG